AUGGGCGGAAGCAAGGGCAAAGCGCCCCAGCGCCGGGCUCAACCCAGGAGGCCAGCCUCAGCGGAGCAGGAGUCGGGGUCCGCCAGCGCGGACGGCGCCCCCAGCCGGGAUCGCAGGCUUGCCCGCGGCAAAGCCCACAAGGCUAGGCCCGCUAAGGAGCCCGACGCCACCGAAGACGAGGGGACCUCUGGAGGCCGCAGGAAGUCUACCGAGGAGACCCGGGAGAGGCAGGGCAGCUCGCAGCGUCCUCGGGGCCGCAGGCCCACGGAGAGUCGUGAGCCCGGGGACAGCCGUGGGGAGCUCCGGGAGGAGCAGAGACUCCCCAAGCGCGGCCGCCGCAGGAGAGGAAAGGAGCGGGGACCCUCGGCUCCCGGCAGGGAUGCGGACACGUCGGGCGGGGACGGUGGCAGCUCGUGCCUGGACAGUGAACACCACGAGGCCCUGGACAGCAGCAGCCAGGGCGGUGGAGCUUCCGAGCGGCCAACCAAGACCGAGCCUGGGGACACCGGCUCAGAAGGCGCCCUUAUCCGGAGCCCAGGGGCGACUGGCAGCAGCCACCAGGACAAUGGUGGGCACGCCUUGGGGCUCCGGAGCGGGGAAGGGCCGUCGGGGUCAGGGCCUCGCGGAGCCGGUGAUGAUUCCCGGACAGAUGCAGACUCGAGUUCCGGGUGGGCCGGGUUCGCGGUGGUCUUCCCCCGCAUCCACAGUGCGGAGAAGGAGUCGGGCGGCGGCAGCUCAGGAGCAUCCACGGAUGCCCCCACCGGGGAAGGCCGCGUUUCUUCUCCUGCAGGGGCUGCAGAGUACAGGGAGGAGCAAGGGGCUAGAGAAGAAGGCGUGGUCAGGUCCCACCAGCCUCCAUCCUUUUCCCCGUCUGCCCCCGAUGGGACCCCACCGGACGAGAACCGGAGCGAAGCAGAGCCAGACACCUUGGAAGUGGAGAGUCGGGUGCACUGGGCACAGGGCUCUACUCCCUGCGCAGACCCUGGGGUUGGCACUGGUACUCUGCUACCUCAACUUACUUUGGAGACUCGCCUGCAGCAGAACAGCCCCUGCAGGUCCCCAAGGGAGCAGUGGGAGCCAGAGGAUGACGCUGAGGCAGCGCUGGAAAGGGCCCUGGAACUGAGCCUAGAGAUGCCACCCUUCCCCGGUGCUAAAACUAGGAGUCUCCCAGAGGCCCUGGAAGACACUGAGGAUCUCGCCCGGCUGCGGCUGGUGUGUGACAGUUCUGUGCUACUGUGUCUCAAGAAGAGGUUCCACCUGGGCCGCAUCUAUACUUUCGGGGGGCCCCUCCUGCUCGCUCUGAACCCCCACCAGCCACUGCCUCUCUUCUCACCUGAGAUCUUGGCCAGCUACCAUCCCAGGAAGGCUGCAAAUACCACACCUCACAUCUUUGUUGUCGGGGCAGCAGCCUACCGCCUGUCUCAGAGCGCUGGACCGGCCCCCUGCAUCCUCCUGGGGGGGCACAGUGGCUCAGGGAAGACAGAGGCUGCCAAGAAGAUUGUGGAGUUUCUCAGCAGCCUGGGGCAGAAGCAGGCAGAGGCCAGAGGGGCUCAGCUAGAGGACAUUCUGCCUGUACUCAGCAGCUUUGGCCACGCCAAGACUAUCCUCAAUGCCAAUGGCAGCCGCUUUGGCCAGGAGUUAUGCCUCUGCCUGCAUCACGGAGUCAAUGUAGGAGCCUCUGUGUCCCACUAUCUUCUUGAGACCUCCAGAGUAGUGUUUCAGGUAAGGACCUGCCUCCUACCCACCCUUCCCCAACUCUGAAAGUUGGAAGGAGGAGCCACAGCUCUCAAACCCCACCCCACCCUCAAGCCAGUUUCUCUCCCCAAGGCCCAGGCUGAGCGAAGCUUCCAUGUUUUUUAUGAGCUGCUGGCGGGGUUGGACCCUGGGGACCGUGAACUGCUCUCUCUGCAGGGACCUGAGGCCUACUACUACCUCAACCAGGGUCAAACCUGCAGACUUCAGGGCAAAGAGGAUGCCCAGGACUUCAAAGGGCUGGUGAAGGCUCUGCAGGUUCUGGGCUUGUGUGCAGAGGAGCUGAGUGAAGUCUGGGCUGUGCUGGCCACCAUCCUGCAUCUGGGAAACAUCUGCUUCUCUUCUUCAGAGAGGGAGUCCCAAGAGGUGGCUGCUUUGUCCAGCUGGGCUGAGAUUCACCUGGCAGCCCGGCUGCUACGAGUGCCACCAGAGCGCCUAGAAGGAGCUAUCACCAAGAGGGUCCUGGACACACCUUAUGGCCGGGUCUCCCGAUCUCUACCGGUGGAAAGUGCUAUUGAUGCCAGGGAUGCCCUGGCCAAGACCCUGUACACGAGGCUCUUCAACUGGCUUCUGAAGCAGAUCAACGUGCUGCUGGCUCCACCACGAGAGGCAGACAGUGUGGCCACCAUCACUGUCGUGGACGCCUUCGGCUUUGAGGCACUGAGGGUGAACGGCUUGGAGCAGCUGUGCAGCAACCUGGCUAGCGAGCGCCUGCAGCUCUUCUCCAGCCAGAGGCUGCUGGCCCAGGAGGAGGAGGAGUGCCAGCGGGAGAUGCUGAGCUGGGUGCCCAUUCCCCAGCCUCGCAGGGAGUCCUGCCUGGACCUCCUGGCGGGCCAGCCCCACAGUCUCCUGAGCAUCCUGGACUCCCAGACAUGGCUAGCCCAGGCCACGGACCACACUUUCCUCCACAAGUGCCACUAUCACCAUGGUGACCACCCAAGCUACGCCAAGCCUCAGCUGCCUCUCCCCAUCUUCACAGUGCAGCACUAUGCUGGGACUGUCACCUACCAGGUGCACAAGUUCAUAAACAGAAACAGGGACCACCUGGACUCUGCCAUGGUGGAGAUGCUUGGGCAGAGCCAGCUGCAGCUUGUGUGCAGCCUGUUCCAGGAAGCAGAACCACAGGCUGGGAGAGAGGAGGGCAAACCCACACUGGCCUCUCGAUUCCAGCAGUCCCUGGGGGGCCUGCUAGCCCGGCUUGGCAGGAGCCACAUCUAUGUCAUCCACUGUCUCAACCCCACCCCUGGAAAGCUCCCAGGCCUCUUUAAUGUAGGACACAUGGCAGAGCAGCUGCUCCAGGCUGGUAUCCUGGAGGUCAUAGGCACCCGAAGUGCUCACUUCCCUGUGCGAGUGCCCUUCCAGCUCUUCCUGACCAGGUUCCGGGCGCUGGGGUCAGGGAGACAGGAAGCUCUCUCCGACCAGGAGAGGUGUGGAGCCAUCCUCAGCCAAGUGCUGGGGGCAGAGUCACCAGUCUAUCAUCUUGGAAACACCCAGGUACCAAUCCUACUUCAGGAGCAGGGCUGGCAGCAGCUAGAGCAGCUAUUGGGGCAGCAGCGCUCGCAGGCCCUGCUCACUCUGCACCGCGGCCUCCGAGCCUGCAUCACCCGCCAGCGCCUCCAUUGCAUCAAUGUUGUGAAGCGAUACCUCCAGAGGAAGUCAGCUCUGGGUCAGCUGAACACCAUCCUGCUUGUGGCUCGGCCCCUGCUCCAGAGACGGCAGAGGCGACAGUUUGGGCAGUCCCGUGGCCCGCACAGCGGGGAGGCCUGGGGAAAACUAUCAAGUAUGGACCUGGGGCGCUUGGAGAUCCCAGCCCAGCUGGCUGCUCUGCUGGAGACAGCAGAAGGUCACCAGGCCAUCCUGGCUGGGAGCAUCACAGAGUCCCUGCCACCUGGGGUUCCUGUCCGGCCCAACCUGACCCUCCCUCCGGACAUUGACCAGUUUCCCUUCUCCAGCUUUGUGUCCUCCAGCUUUCGGGGGUCCCUGCAGUCCUGGCAGGAGCAGACCAUGGGCACGUACCUGAUACGGAAGGCACAGCACCGGCCAGGACUUCGGGAUGAGCUCUUCAGCCAGUUAGUGGCCCAGCUGUGGCACAACCCGGACGAGCAGCAGAGUCAGCGUGGCUGGGCCCUGAUGGCGGCCCUCCUCAGCUCCUUCCCCCCUACGCCUGCCCUGCAGAAGCCAUUGCUCAAGUUUGUAUCUGACCAGGGCUCCCGGGGCAUGGCAGCAUUGUGCCAGCACAAGCUGUUGGGUGCCCUGGAGCAGACACAACUGGCUCCCAUGGCCUCAAGGACCCACCCACCCACACAGCUAGAAUGGAAGGCUGGAUUGCGGCAGGGCCGUAUGGUACUGGAUGUGUUCACAUUCAAUGAGGAAAGCUACUUCGCAGAGGUGGAGUCCUGGACCACAGGAGAGCAGCUUGCAGGGCGGAUCCUACAUAGCAGAGGCUUGGAGGCGCCUCCUCGUGGCUGGUCUGUGUCACUACAUUCUGGGGAUGCUUGGCAAGAUUUGGCUGGCUGUGACUUUGUAUUGGACCUGAUUGGCCGGACUGAGGACCUGGGAGACCCAGCCGGUUCCCACAACUACCCCAUCACUCCUCUUGGGUUAGCUGAGAACAUUCCUCCAGCCCCUGGCGUUCAGGCUCCCUCCCUGCCCCCAGGAUUCCCUCCAGGUCCAGCCCCAACACUGCCCAGCAGCGGCCCCCCAGGUGAGGCCAGGAAGCCCGGAAACAUGGAUGGUUUCCUGGACUACAUCUUUGAGCCGGUCCUCUCCUCGGGCUUUAGUGAUCUGGAACACAGCAGGGCCCUGAGUAGCCGCAUGAAGGGAGGGGGCUCUAUUGGGCCCACCCAGCCUGGCUACCCCAUGGUGUACCCAGGUAUGGUGCAGGCGCCCAGCUACCAGCCAGCGAUGAUGCCCGCACCUGUGCCCAUGAUGCCAGCAAUGGGCACAGUCCCAACCAUCCCAGCCAUGAUGGUCCCGCCCCAGCCACAGCCUCUGCUUCCCAGUUUGGACUCAAGGCAGCUGGCGGUGCAGCAGCAGAACUUCAUCAACCAGCAGGCCAUGAUCCUGGCCCAGCAGAUGACCACCCAGGCCAUGAGCAUGUCUCUGGAGCAGCAGAACCAGAGGCGCCAGAACCAAGCUCAGGCCUCGGGGGCUCCCUCCCAGACUCCACCCCCAGCCGUGGCUCCACCCCCAGCCGUGGCUCCACCCUCAGCUACUGCUCCCAAGCCCAAGAAGCCUCCUGCCUCCCAAGAGAAGCCAGAGAGUGACCCAGAACCUUUGGAUGCUUCCUCUAGAGGGGACACUCCAGAGGAGGCUACUGGCAGGCCUCAGCGCCCUAGGAGCUUCCAACAGAAACGGGAUUAUUUCCAGAAGAUGGGGCAAGAGCCAAUCAGGGUGAAGACAGUGAAGCCUCCAGCCAAGGUUCAGAUCCCCCAGGAGGAGACAGACGAGAAUGAGGAUGAGGAGGAGGAGGAGGACACAGCAGAGUCAUCCCCUCCACCUCCUCCUCCAGUUGUGAAGAAACCAUUGAAACAAACUAAGCCCAACAGUGCCAAGGAUGGUGCAGAACCAGCAGAGGAGGAAAAGCCGACCCCGGGCAGGGCACCCAAGGUGAAGAGCUCCACACCUCAAAGCCCACCACCUAGCAGGGCACCUACAGUGAGCAGCUCCAACUCCACGCCUCAGCGCCCGCAACCCAGCAGGGAAAUACGCAAUAUCAUCCGAAUGUACCAGAGCCGCCCAGGCCCCGUGCCUGUGCCUGUGCAGCCCUCCAGGCCUGUCAAACCCUUUCAGAAGAAAAAUGACCCUAAGGAUGAGGCUUUGGCAAAGUUAGGAAUAAGUGGUACCCACUUGCCUCCAUCGGCGAUGUCUCCUAACCUAGGAAAGAACUCUCCACCAGCUGUGGCUCCUCGACCCAAGGCUCGACCACAACUUGAGCCCUCCCUAUCCAUCCAGGAAAAGCAGGGACCCCUUCGGGACUUGUUUGGCCCAUGUAGCCCAAACCCAUCCACAACUCCAGCACCCCCAUCCCCACCCCCACUGCCAUUGUCUCUGCCUGAGGAACCCAAGGCCCAUUCAGUGGGGUCUCAUGCCUUGACAGAGCCCAUGGAGGACCUGGGGAUCUCCACCAAGCUCCUUGUGCCCUCGGGUAGUGUGUGCUUCUCGUACGCAAGUGCACCCUGGAAGCUGUUCUUACGAAAGGAGGUGUUCUACCCCCGGGAGAAUUUCAGCCAUCCCUAUUGUCUCAACCUUCUCUGCCAGCAGAUCAUACAGGACACCUUCACCGAGUCCUGCAUCAGAAUCUCCCAGAGUGAGCGGCAGAAAAUGAAGGACCUGUUGGGAGACUUGGAAGUGGGCCUGGACUCCCUCGACUCGACCGAAGACAGCAUCAAAAAGCGCAUUGUGGUGGCUGCCCGAGACAACUGGGCCAAUUACUUCUCACGUAUCUUCCCAGUCUCGGGUGAAAGUGGCAGUGACAUACAGAUGCUGGGUGUGUCUCACCGGGGACUGAGACUGCUGAAGGUGACCCGAGACCCUAGCUUCCACCUGGACCGGCUGAAGACACUCUGCUCCUACAGCUUUGCAGAGGUGCUGGCUGUGGGGUGCAGCAGCAGUUCUACCCUGGAGCUGUCUCUGAAGAAUGAACAGCUGACACUGCACACCGCCCAGGCGAGGGCCAUCAAGGCCAUGGUGGAGCAGUUCCUGAAUGAACUCAAGAAGGACUCUGGCUACGUCAUCGCCCUGCGCAGCUACAUCACUGAUGACCACAGCCUCCUCAGCUUCCACCGUGGGGAUCUCAUUAAGCUACUGCCAGCGGGCAUUCUGGAGCCAGGCUGGCAGUUUGGCUCUGUUGGUGGCCACUCGGGACUCUUUCCUGCUGACGUGGUGCAGCCAGCUGCUGCUCCGGACUUCUCCUUCUCCCUGGGACAGAGAAACAGCUGGCAUCGCAAGAGUAAGACAGGGCCAGCUCACGAGCGCCCCACCCAUCCCAGGAGCCAAGAGCCCAGUGAAGACUCAGAGGCCACGUCCUUCGCGGCCUAUAGCCUUUUCUCUGCGGACUCCCACAACUACACCAUGCAGGAAUUUGCCCUGCGCUACUUCCGGAAGCCUCAGACCUUGCUAGCCCAGGCAGGUAGAGGUGCCAAUGACAAGGCUGAAGUCAGCCUGGUCCAGUACACCAAGGACCCCAUCCAGGAAUCCCUCCUCAGCCUCAGCAAUGAAGACAUCAACAGGAAGGCUGUGGCUGGGUUCAAGGCUCUGAUGCAAUUUAUGGGGGACCAGCCUAAGCCCCGGGGCAAGGAUGAGCUGGAUCUGCUGUACGAGCUGCUGACGCUGUGCAGAGAGGACCUCAGGGAUGAGAUGUACUGCCAGGUCAUCAAGCAAGUCACAGGACACCCCCAGCCAAAUCACUGCGUUCUGGGCUGGAAUGUCCUCAGCCUCUUUACAGGCUUCUUCGCACCGUCCACCACUCUGAUGCCCUAUGUGACCAAAUUCCUGCAGGAUUCCAGCCCUAGCCAAGAGCUGGCCCGGAGCAGCCAGGAGAACCUCCAGCGCACAGUUAAAUAUGGGGGGCGCCACAAGUUACCACCACCCGGUGAAAUGCAAGCUUUUCUGAAAGGGCAAGCAGUUCGUUCACUUCUAAUUCAUCUGCCUGGGGGUGUGGACUACAGGACAAAUGUACAGACAUUCACGGUGGCAGGAGAAGUGCUGGAGGAGCUGUGUGGACAGAUGGGCAUCACAGACUCCCAGGAAGUGCAGGAAUUUGCCCUCUUCCUCAUCAAAGGCGAAGGUGAGCUAGUUCGGCCACUGUCCCCCCAUGAGUACCUCAACAGUGCGGUGACAGACAAGGACAUGAGCCUGCACAGUCGGCGGCUUGGCUGGGAGACACCACUGCACUUCGACCACCCCACCUACACUGAAACCCACUAUGGUCAGGUGCUCCGGGACUACCUGCAAGGGAAGCUGAUGAUCAGUGCCCAGGCAGAUGCUCAACUUGCCCGGCUGGCUGCCCUGCAACACCUCAGGAAAGCCAGCAAAAGUCUCCCGUCAGAGCAAGAGCUGCUGGUAUACAUCCCUAAGCCACUGCAACAGCAGGUGAACAUAGCCAACAUAAGGAGCUUGGUGGGCCAGGAGCUGAGGCAGAUGCAAGGAUACAGUGCACAGAGAGCACAGAUAGACUUUAUUGAGAGCACAACGCAGCUGCCCCUCUUCGGCUACACUGUGUACGUGGUGCUGAGAGUGAGUAAGCUGAGCCUUCCUGGCCCAAUCCUCCUGGGGCUCAACCGGCAGCACCUCGUCCUCAUGGACUCCAGCUCCCAGAGACUCUGCUGCUCCAUCCCCCUGAGAGACCUGCAGCGGCUCCACCUGCUCAGCCCGCUGGAGGACAAUGGGGCCCCCGGCCUGGAACUCAAUUACGGUUCUGCUGACAACCCCCACACCAUCUGGUUGGAGCUGCCACAGGCCCAGGAGUUGAAGCACACCAUUGUCUUCCUGCUGGAGGACAGCAUGUCCUCUACUCAGUGGCCAGGCCUCAGCUGAGGAGAUGAGGCACCAGCGUCUCACUGGGCAGCCUGCCUUGGCUGUUGGGUGGUUCUCUCAUCUCCGCAGCCUGGCUCUGCUCUGAAACUUUCACAGCACAACCCCAAGUGGAGGCCAUAAGGCAGGGGUUGCCACAGUGACAUCAACUGGGAAAGCAGGCAGACGCAUUCCUCUGAGAUGUACUGAACCCAGAGCUGGGGCUGUAGGAACUUGGCUUGGGCAUCUCACGUCCUGCCUGGGGAAAAUGCCCACUCAGCUCUGGGAUGGCACAGGGCCUGAAUGGAGCAGCUUCUGUGCAAAUAAAAUGCCCAAGA